AUGCUUGGAUCUACGCCCGACAACGGUGCUUCGACAGUAGAGUCGGGCCCAUCGGCACAGCCUCAGUAUUCUUCUCACAACUACCCUCCACCAAACAGCCCUCCCGGGGUCAUUCAACCAAAUAUACCGACCUAUGGCCCACCUCCGCCAGUUCCUCAGCACCAGUACUCGCUUCCCCCUUCUGCACCCUUUGCGGCUCAUGCAUAUAACCCCCCUGCGCCCUUCCCUGUUUACGAAGUCGGGACAGCGCCUGCUCCUAGACAGAGAACCUCAAUUGCCUGCAGAUAUUGCCGCAAGAGAAAAAUCAGAUGUAGUGGUAAAGCCAAUACACCUGAUGAACGUGCCCCAGCCUUUUUGCCUGCUCCAUUUGCACCCGGGUCUGUUCCACCGAGGGGUUCUACUUAUGGUCCCUUGGGAGAACCGUACGUCCAAGCACAACACCAGGACCUCGACGUCAGUAUCUCUAACUACGGAUCCUACCCAAGUUUGACGCACGAUUAUUAUCAUCAGCAUAGCGUCUCUAGUCCUCCCCCACCGGACUAUCGGGGUGGUUAUCGCGAUGUUCCACGUCCAUUAUAUGGACAAAGGCCAAACCACCAGGACUCCCUUAAAUCCUACGCCGCCCCGGGGAACUUUUCGCAAGGAAUAAUCUACAGCUUCAGUGAUAGCCGAGCCAGUGACCGCACUGAGCUAGACGGCGAAACUUUAUCUGAUACCGAAUCUGUUGUGCCCAUCAACUUAGAUACAACGGUCGAUGAUUAUCAUGUUUCAGAGACCUGGAAAAGCCAGAGUUCUAAGCACCCAGAAAAGACUGUUGAGACAUUACAAGAUCGUGAGCUGCAGGCCCCUUGGGCCAUCCCGAGUUUACCACAUCCUCGAGGCCUUCAACCUCAAUCUCCGGCGGUCUCACCGGAAGUAUUACAGGAUCAUGACUGGAAAUAUCCAAACCUGAAACAACUCAAAGUCAGCAUGACAAAGCUAGCUCAGGCCGCAAACGAACCUAUCAAGCUACCUGAUCCAGCAAGGUUACGAAUAAGUUCCCCUACCCCUUCAUCUUCCCCAACUGUAUCAUCUGAUAUAGACGUUGACUCAAUAUCUGCGGAUUCAGAAGGUAAGCUUGAUCGGAACAGCCAAGGGUACUGCGUCUUCAGCCGAGUUUUCAGCCGUCUAGCGAUUCUCGGUCAGAAUGAAAUGACGGCAAGAGGCGAAUCGAGUUACAAUAGUUCAAAGGGAAAACAAGUUGCAAAGGGUGGAUCUGGAAGCUCUUCUGGGACAAACAAUGCAGCGAGCACGAGAGGCGGACGGAAGAACCGGCGGCAAGACGGCGAUCUUCGAGAUGAAAGCAGGGAUAGACAGAACGAGCCACCCAAGAAGAAAGGCAAGAUAAGUCAAUCCCACUGUGACGAACGGUCGCAGUUUCUAGCAUGCCCGUACUGGAAAGCGGAUUCGAAAAGGUAUUGGGAUUGUUUCUUGAAGAAGAACGACACGAUCGCACACUUAAAGCAACAUCUGACGCGCCGUCACACACCCAAGUAUUACUGUCAAAUCUGUUACCAAACCUUUAAAGAUUACGAUCUAUUUGACUCACACGUGCUGGAAAGAUCGUGCACAAGAAGCCCCUCAACAAAAUUGGAAGGGAUAUCUCAGCAACAAAAGAAUCAGCUGUCUCUCAAGAGUAAGGGGUCAGUAGAACAACAGUGGUAUACAGUAUGGUCGAUCCUCUUUCCUGAAAUGGAACCGCCCGCUACGAUUUACAUUUAUUCGACUCAGUCUGAAGACUUUUGCCGGAUUCAAGAGUUUGCGCAACGAGAAGGAGUUGCUAUUAUGCUGGAGGAACUGGAGUCUAAUGGACUUGUAGUGCGACCGAAUGCAUCUAACCAACUCCUCCAAUCGACUGUACAGAGGGCCAUGGUGUCGAUAUUCAGAAGCUACUCUGUCAGGGGCGACCAAAGUUCUGAAACAGAAGAGCCAAUUCUCAGCCAAGCUUUGGAGCCAGAUAAUGGAGUAUCGCUUCAGCAAGAAUCAACUACUGAAGGUCAAACAAGCCACGAUAAUCAUCCUAGUAGCUCUAGUGAUGUAAACCGGAUGACUGAAGACGGGAGGGGUAGUUCUAUGGUUGAAAGCUUUUACAGACCGAGCAGAAGUACAGAGUCACAAUUGCCAACCACAACUUCAUGGCUUCCUAGGGUUGUGCAGGAUGACACCGAGGAUGAGCUAUGGGGAACGGCAUUUCUUGAGGAGCCAGCAUUUGGGGAAAGUUCUUCAGGAAAUGAUCUACCUAUAAACUUUGAGAGUACAGACAUGUUGGACCUGGAUGCCUUAUUGAGAGAUGUCAUAAGCACCGAAGCAUAG